AUGCGUGCCGUAACCUUGAUCGGGACACUGUCUGUCCUUACCGUUCUUUUCUACUGGCUUGACUCGAAUCUCAGUAGCUUUUACAUCUUCAAGCCAUCGAGACUUCAGGAAUUGGCAAAGGCAUCGAUUGCCAAACAUCCCAACAAUGUCACGGCGUUGAUGGUGGAUUUAAACGCGGCGUUGCAGGAGGAAUAUGGCAGUCAGCAUAUUGCGCCCUUUACCACCAACCCAGACAGAUGGAUUUGGAGUAACCACGGAAGCGCCAUGGGAGCGUUCACUAUUCUCCACGCCUCUAUUACAGAAUACUUGAUAUUCUACGGCACUCCUAUCUAUUCCAACGGACAUUCUGGCCUUCACCUGGCCGAUGACUACUUUGUCAUUCUCAAUGGCACAGAAAAGGCCUAUAGACCAGGACAGCUGGAGGCCACCAUAUACUGGCCUGGAGAUGUCAACCACUUGCCCAGAGGACAGUCAAUUCAUUAUGCCAUGGAUGGGUGGGCUUUAGAGUUGGCGCAAGGUUGGAUUCCAAGCAUGCUUCCGUUCGGGCUGGUGGAGUCAUUUACUAGCAACCUUGACUUUGUCAAUCUUUGGAAGACUUGCUACUUGACUGCGGAGCUGAUGGGGAGACAGCUGGGAGUUGGAAAAUUUUGA